UAUCUUCAUAUUAUUAUUUUAUUUUUUAUAUAUAAAUUUUAUGGCAAAUUCACUGCAUUUCAAUGUUCCAUUUCAUCAACCACAUCACACUCUCACCACCAAAAAUCAACUCAACAAGAAUAUUAAGAAUAAUAAUCCAGUGCGAUGCGGUCCACGAGAUAACCGUGGACCUCUAUACAAAGGCCGUACACUAAGUAUUGAAGCAAUCCAAGCUGUUCAAUCUCUCAAAAGAUCAAACCGUUUACAGAACAACAACAAUAAUCAAAACGACACCGUUUUGAACAGGCUUGUGAAAUCUGAUCUUUUUGCUGUUUUUAAUGAACUAAUUAGACAAGACCAGUUUGAUUUGGCGGUUAAAGUGUUUAAGGUUAUUAGGUGUGAAGAUUGGUAUAAAACUGAUUUGAAUCUUUAUGCUAAACUUGUUACUGCUAUGGCAAAUAAAGGUAUGAAGGAUCAAAUUGAUCAUUUACUGUCUGACAUUCAAGUGGAGGAUGUGAAAUCGGCCGAGGGUAAAGGACUUGUGACGGUUAUUAAGGCAUUGCUUGCAGCAGAUAUGGCAGAAUCAACAGUGAGGAUUUAUGAGAUGAUGAAGUCCAGUGGAUGGACAUGUGACUCGUCAACGGAUGAAUAUGUAGGCAAGGUUUUGAGUAGGGGACUUAAAAGACUAGGGAAAAAGAAAGUAGCUGAUGAGAUCGACAGGGAAAUCGACAGGGUGUCUGGUGGUGUUUUGGAAAAGAUUGGGAUUUGAAUUGUAAAGAUGUUAUGUCGACUCAAGAACGUAAAGUUUGCAUUUUAGCCACUUGAAUUACCUUUUUAGAUCUUGCAAACGUUACCCGAUUCUGUCAAGGAUGCCAACAAAACGAUCACUGGAUCUCAUAGGCGGGAUUUUUGCAUAGAUGUAUCAAGUAGAGUUCUAUUUUUCUCCUUGGAUCUUACAAGAUAGGUGUAAAAUACAACAUUUUUGGAUGGUUAUUACAUAUCUUUUUCAUAUUUUUAAACUUA